CAGGAGCACGUGGCUCGGAGGACACCACUGCCAGGAUGCGGAAGAGGGACGCGGACCAUUACAUGAAGAGUGUUUGGCAAGGAAAUGCGUAAAUCUAUCAGUAAUUAGUGGGGCUUCCGUGAUCAUGGCCGCCAAUGGAGCAACGAGGCGCAGGCAGCGAUGUGUCACGUGGAUGGGAAAGGUGCAGUCACGGCGGCGGGUGGGGGUAUAAAGCCUCGCUGCAGGAAGGAAGCGGCAUCCACUUCCCGCAGGUGACCGCAGCCCGCCAGCAUGUUCUCCGUAAGUAGCCAGCGGCAGCAUCCACGAGAAACUUACAUCUCAGGGCUCUUGUCUAUAAAGGAACUCGAGACACAGGGGAAUCUCCACUGCCACACAUCCAUUUAGGGAGAAUAUGGGAGAAACUUAGCCGGAGUAUUUAUAACCCACAACCUGAUGCUAAAACUACAAAUUUCAAGAUAGCAAUGAAGGUUUGUUAUCGUGGUGGCGGACAUAAAACGUUACACCACAUCGAAAAAAAAAAAAAGAUUAAUAGAUGCCAGGCUGUCCCUUCCUCACAAGCGUGCGUCUAAUGGAUAGGAUAAUGUCCUAUGUUCAUUUCCUUCAGGUGAUCAAGGUGUCUCUGGUGGUUGCCGUUGCCCUAGCCAUGCCCGGCGGCUCCCGUGGAGGUGGCGGGCACGGAGGGGGUGGUGGUGGUGGCGGCGGCUACGGAGGAGGAGGCGGCGGCGGUUUUGGUGGUGGCCAUGGAGGAGGCGGCGGCGGCGGCGGUGGUGGCGGCGGUGGUAGUGGUUACGGCGGCGGCUAUGGAGGCGGUAUUGCAGUACCCAUCCCUUACAACUUCGACUACGGCGUCUCAGCGGGCAGCACCAACUUCGGCCACAGCGAGAGCGGUGACGGUCGCGGCAACGCCCACGGCGGCUACUGGGUCAACCUACCCGACGGCCGCGUGCAGAAAGUUGACUACUGGGCUGAUGGCAGCGGCUACCACCCGGUGGUGACUUACCAGGGCACCGCCGUCUUCCCCGCCGGCAAAGGAGGAUAUGGAUACCACUGAUGAAGCCAGAAAGCCAAAGUCAGUGCCGCGGGGCUAGCCCUCUGUACAAGGUUCAUACUCUUGUAAUAACGAACACCACUCAUCAAAUAUAGAGUUUAAAGAAAACAA